AUGGCAGGAUCGGCUGGCACGUGGCUGCUCCCGCAGUGGACCUUGGACAUGUGCGUGCUCGACGGCGUCGACCCGAGCGUGCUCACGAUGGGGACGAGGCCGGGGAACAAGACCGGGCGCAGGAUCGGAGUCAACUUCGCGCGCAUCGGGCUGCCCAAGUUCGCGUUCGGGCCCGUGUUCAACAGCCUCAACCUGAAGUACGAGGGGUUCAUGGGGAGGAUGACGGAGACGGGCGUGACGACGAGCGUGGGGCAGUUCGUGUCCGUGGACCCGAGCACGAGGGAGGUCGGCAUCACGAUCAUCCUCCCGGACGUGAUGAGGAAGCUGGCCGGCAGGUCGGCCCUGCGGGUCGCCACGGUCGCGAUCUCGGUCACCUUCGGCGCCUUGACCGACGAGAUGGGCACAUGA